AUGGAGAAAGUUGCCACAUGGAAUCAGUCCCGAGAGCCUACCAGAGAAAUGYGACCAGUUUCUAUCCACUGGAUUUUAAAUAUCUUGCAAUAUCGAUUUUAUAAAGAGUUAGGUUUUGAUCAUAUUGUUUUAUAUUACUGUUCAUAUAGAGAGAAAGAACUYGAAGAAAAGAAAAAAAGGGAAAAGGAGGCAAAAAGGCUGAAAGAGUUGGAGCUUGAAGUGAAAGCCAAAGAACUGAAGAAAAAAGAAGCUGAAAUAAAGAAGCUGAUCCAAAUAGUUGAGAAUAAGAGCAAGGAACAGCAACAGCAACAACAGAGGGGAGCAGUUAAAAAAGAAACUGCAAGUCCUCAAAAACUCCAAAUCAAGGUCGUAGGACCAGCAGUUCAAAGACAACAACAGACCACGCCCACUAAGAAAAUUGUCGUCCAAAAUUCAAACUCAAAAGUUAUUCUAUCUCCYUUGUCUWCCUCCCAAACGCUUACAGUGAAGACACCGACUAGUGUCUCACCCAUGAYGCAAACAYCUGGGACACCAACAAGAACUAUCUUUAAAAAGCCAGAAACAGCAACACAAAGUGUCCAGCUUGUCAAGGUUAUGAGUGGUAAGUGGCAAUACUAUUCCUUUGAACACCACAUUAAAUGUAGUCCUCUGGCUUUUUUGAAGCUAAAUAAUCCCCAUAGUCGAAAGUUAUGCUUUCUUUGCAACUCUUUAUCCUUAAAAAAGUUCUARAAUUUAUAAAACUCACAUUUGYGUGCUUGAAAGGUCUUGAAAUUUUGUSGUGAAAAUGUUGCAUGAACCCUGCAAGUAGUGUAGACUUCUCUGUAAAGGAAAUAUGUAUUUUGGAGGUCAUUUUUUACUAGACUGAAAAAUGCAAGGACUKMAUUUUGCAGU